ACUAGCCUCCUCCCUCUUGUCAGAUUCAGUUAUCAUAUCCCUUCCACUCCUUCACUUCCAACCAAUAUCUCCAACUCAUCACUCCUUCACUCCAAAACCCGACUAUGAACGUCCGUCCUGCUGUGCAUGACGUUGCUGCAUCUUGUCUACCGGCACUCCCGGCAUUAUGGAAUGGACCUUUCCUCCAUCGCUCUGAUUCUGCCUUGAAAUUCUCUAUUAUUCGUGUUCCUUUAAGCUGAUAUGGUUCACAUUCCUUUAGUCGGCAAGGGUAAAAAGCCCAAGUUCGAACUACACCUCAAGAUCUAUGACUUGAACAAUGUACCACUUGUCUCAGGAGGGUCCCUCAUAAAAUGGCACUUGCCACACAGCAUUCACUCGAGGGACCGCGGCACGACGCAGAAAUGCCCCAUUGCCAACCACCGAGUUGAGUACAACUACUCAAAGGUCAUCCCUAUCCGCAUUGCUGUCGACCGUAGCAACAACCUCACGGAAUGCCCGAUCGAGUUUGAGGUUCUGCAGCUGUUCAACACCAAUGGCACAGUGAACGGCAACGGUCCGGCUCCUGUCCGGGAAGAGAAAACCACCCUAGGUGUCGUCCGCCUCAACCUAGCCGAGUAUGUCGAGGAGAGCGAAUCCAUCCUCCGGGAUGGUCUUGGGGCCGGAAUCAGUCCGUUUCUCGGUUCUCCGGGUGGUCCAGCAGCUGUCGAUUUCCGGUUCGGACACAGCCGUAAACCCAGCUCACUAAAUGCGGUAACACCAGCACCCAACAGCCCCCAGUAUCUACGGCCUGAUGCGGAAGAAAAGGAGCAGGAACGUCCCAUGACGGCCAUGACUACCAAGACCUUCGCCUCGACAGCCACGGUAACCCCGGCAGAGGACGUCCAAGACGGCGUGGUGCGUCGCUACCUGAUGCAGGACAGCAAGAUCAACUCGACCCUCAAGAUGAGCAUCCUGAUGAUCCAAGUCGAAGGAGAGCGCAACUUCAUCGCCCCACCGCUCAAGACCGCUCCCGUUUUCGGCGGCAUCGCCGGACUCAUGGCAGGCGACGUGCUGGACCCCAACGCCGACGCCCACAACGCCGCCCGCAACCACCACCAAGCCGCGGCCGACCUGGCGCUGGGCCAGUUACCCAGUCUCAGCCACAAGUCGCGGGACGUGUUCGAGUUGCAGGACUGCUACCGUCGGGUUCUGGCUGCCAGCUGGGAAUCGCAGCCGGGCGAGCUAACAGCCGAUCAGUGCAUCGAGGACAUCUUCUCGGGCGGCGACGGGUUUCGGACGGACAUGUCUUCAGCAGCGAACACCCCUUCCCCCAUCUCGCGCGGUCGCGGGGGGUACAGCAACAACGCCAACAGCUUCGGAGGAGACCGGGACGGCGGAUUACGUGCGGGAGGACACAGGAAGAAGCACAGUUUCGGAGGAGGAGGAGGACACGGACACCACUUCCGCUCCGCCUCGGGCCAGUACUACCGCGACCAGCGCGACAAGCUCGCGGCCGCCAUCUCCAUAGGACUGGGUGGCGUGCCGGUACCGGUGCCUACGACUCCCGGGGGACCGAACAACUCCAACACCUACCGCACCCCGAGCGCCGGUUCUUCCCGAUCGCGCCACCUCCGCCGCCGCGACGAGCCCACCAGCGGCUCGGCCUCUGGAGACGAAGACAGCGGUAGCAACAGAGAUAACACCCUCCGCCCACAGACCGCUGCCGCCCCAACAACAUCAUCAACAACCCAGACACAAGGAAGCAUGGCGCGCAUAAGACAGCACAUCCGCCACCACAGCAGCGGAACGAGUAAUGAUAAGAGCAGUUUUCGAACCGUGAUGGCUGAACAGCAAGACCAACAGGCCCAGGCCCCCGCCGAAGGAGGAAAUGCCGCCGACAAAGAUAAAGAUAACUGGUACAACAUCAACAACUACGGUUUCACCCGCGGAGCCGGAGCAGCAGACGAAGCCAAUAACCUCAAAAACCUACUGAACAGCCUCAACAACAGCAAUGGUUACAACAACCGCCCCGCCACCUCGGCUUCUACCAUGAAUGUCGAUACAAUCAACACCUCCCUAAACAACGGCCUCUCCCCCGCUUUUCGGGACCUGGGCAAGAUGUUAUCCUCCGCUGCUCCCGUUGUGCCUUCCACUGCCACUGCCCCAGCCGCCCACGGCCACGGCCACGGCCACGGCCACGGCUACUUGAACUCCCCUUAUCAAUUCCCCUAUCAUCAAUUCCAGGACGCUGCUGCUUCCAUGGGGGUGGUGAUCACGGAUGUUGGAGAGAAUAACAGUUAUGAGAGAAUGGAUUUCGGAGGAGGAAGACGGGAUAGGAGUGAUAGUCUGGCUAGUCUGGACACUUUAACGUUGGGUAGUGAGGCGGGAAGUGGAAGUGGAAGAAGUGGAAGUGGUAGGGGAGGAGGGGGAAGGUAUGGUGGUGGUUAUGGAGGAGGGUAUAAAAAGGCGAGAGAGGUGGAUGAGUUUGAAGUUAGGGAGGAUUUGGUUGCUUGGACUAUACCGGCUAGGGGGUAGUAGGUUUGGUUGUCAAGGGGAGAAGGGGGAUGGAGAGUUGUGGACUCGAGGGUCGAUGGUUGGUGGGAUAGAUAGCUGUUUCUUUUUAUUUGUAUCUUCUCUUCGUACUUUCCUUUGUAGCGUGGAGUUUGUAAUAAUAGAUGGUUUUGGCUUUCUCAUUGCCAAGUUUUGCGUCUCGUAGUUUUGACAUAUUGAUAGCUUUGUUAUAUCACUAGGAGAAUAUGUACUAAUCCUCCACCACCUACGCCUCACACAUGAACAACAUGAUGACAGUAAAGCAAAAUGGAACGCCCUGAUAACCGCGACCCUUUCAACAGCAGGCCCGGACUAGCCACCUUCAACCAUAACCGCCUUCCCAUCCACCCCUUAAAAGAUGGAAUUAACCAAAUUAGCG